GUCCGACUGCCUUCCAUCUAUUAAAAAACUAUGACCUCUCAAAGUAUCAACAGACCCAACACCAGUGAAAUUCACAAGAGCUUCCUAGCUCCCAUCCCUUCCUAUAUUCUCCUUCACAGGUUGCAUCAAAUUCAUUCCGGUCCUUAAGAUCCAAUCUACUCUUGAUGCUUUGAGGGCAUUGUCAGCAGUUGGAAAGCAAUUUUCAGUUCAAAAGCAUGGCUUCUACAUCAAGUGCAGGAAUUAAGAUCAUCAAGGAUGAUGAAAUCGACGCCAAACAUUUUGAGAAAGACUUGAUGAGGUGCAGCAUACCGAAAAUACCUAGUGAACAAAUUUACAAGAGGGAAGGUUUCAAGUUGAUGCCUGACUACUCCAUUGAAACUUAUGAACAGACAACCAGCUUGACAAUAGAGCAGGACACAGUCCCACUGUUCGAUGAAGAAUUCUUCACCAAGCAUAAGAGAAAAUACAAAUUUCUUCAUGUCGGAUCAGUUCAAGUAAUGGCAUCCCCUCUCACAAGACUAGGUAUUAACAACUCAAUCAUAGUAUGUCUUAGAGAUGGCAGGCGUAGCACACCUCGUGAUUCACUUCUAGGAUUGGUUGAGACAAGUCUUUGCCAGGGACCAAUAUAUUUCCACUGCUUUCCAAAUCGCACUAUUCCUUUAACUGAGUACGUUGCAAAUUGAUGGCUGUGGAUUCUGACUCAGGAGCUUUAGUACAGAGUUUAAAAGGAGAGACUAAAUGUUUCCAUAUAAUUAGGCAAUCAAAUGAAAUUGUUACCAGAACGACGAAGUGGGAUCAAUUUGAGAUUAACCAGAAGAACACAAGUCAUCAAUUUGAGAUUAACCAGAAGAACACAAGUCCAACACAAGAAGUAUAAUCCUCUCUCUCUCUCUCUCUCUCUCUCUCCACCCCCUUCUCUUUCUUCUGUGCAAUUUCUGUAAAUAUAUGUCCUCUAUGGAUGUUAGGAUAUGUGUCCUAUCAUAAGGGUAAUGAAUGGUCAUAUUAUGGAUUAACUAAAGAGAUUGGCUUUUAAAUAUAUGACUACUGUGAUGGGGAGUAGCUUAAUGGUAAUGAGAUAAUAGAGAUAUAGGAAGUGCUCUCUUUUCAUCCGACUUUCUCUCAUAAAAUUUAGUGAAGUAUAUAAAAAAUCUCGGUAAAGUGAGAGAAAUGAUUUCUUCAAGUGUUCUAUGAGCAUUUUUAAUUUAUCUGCCUUUUCAGUUUUAGUUCCAUUAUUAGUACCUACAGCAGCAUCUUGUUCAGCUAGCAAAAUAGAGGUUGCAUUCCCAAUAAUAGUUGUAGAUAUGUUAUUAUGCUGUUAAUUUAUUUUCAGUUGUAAAUUUUGUUAUUGAAAUGUGUGUAUAAGUACUCUGUAAGUACCUUUUGAGAUAUGAAUGAAAGUGAAAUUUUAACUCA